UUUGCCCAAUUCGCUUUUGAAAUGGAUUGCAGUUUGCUGGGUGAGUAGAUGUGAACAGAAGCAUGGGGAGAAAAUCACAUUUUUUUAUGCAAUUCCAAUCCCCGCAUUGAAAAGAAGAAGGAAAUAAAUGUGGAGGCUGAGGACCGGAAAAGGAGGAGAUGAUCCUCACUUGUUCAGCACAAAUGAUUACGUGGGGAGACAAGUAUGGGAGUUCGAUAGAGAUGCUGCCACUCCUCAGGAGCUUGCUGACGUGGAAGAUGCUCGACGGAACUUCUCUGAGAACAGAACUCAUCUCAAGACCUGCUCUGAUCUACUAUGGCGCAUGCAGUUUCUGCGGGAGAAAAACUUCGACCAAAAGAUUCCACGGGUGCUGGUUGAGGAUGCGGAGAAAAUCACGUACGAAGCAGCCAAGACGGCGCUUAGAAGAGGCGUUCUCUACUUCACGGCCCUGCAGGCCGAUGACGGUCACUGGCCCGCUGAAAACUCGGGGAGUUUGUUCUUCGAGGCCCCCUUUGUUAUAUGCUUGUACAUAACCGGGCAUCUCGAUAACAUAUUCUCCCCUGAACACCGCGACGAGAUCUUACGUUACAUGUACAAUCAUCAGAACGAAGACGGCGGCUGGGGAUUGCAUGUAGAAGGCCACAGUGUUAUGCUCUGUACAGUCAUGAACUACAUCUGCCUAAGGAUCUUCGGAGUAGGGCUUGACGGCGAUCGAGAAAACGCUUGUGCAAGGGCCCGGAAAUGGAUUCUUGACCAUGGCGGUGCCACAUACACGCCCUUGAUCGGGAAAGCGUGGCUUUCGAUUCUUGGAGUGUAUGAUUGGUCUGGAUGCAUACCAAUGCCGCCCGAGAUAUGGAUGCUUCCUUCCUUCUUACCCAUUUACGGAGGCACCCUUUGGAUCUAUUGCCGGGACGUUUUCUCGGGCUUGUCAUACUUGUACGGCAAACGGUUCAUAACACCGCAAACCCCUCUCGUUUUACAGCUUCGAGAAGAACUCUACACUCGGCCUUACGAUCAAAUCGAUUGGAAGAUCGCCCGACUCCGAUGUGCAAAGGAGGAUCUCUACCAGCCUCAGGCCUUUGUACAUAAUUUAUUCUGGAAGGGUGUUAGUAUUUUUCUUGAGCCUUUCCUAAGCCGUUGGCCCUUCGACAAGUUGGUGAGACAAAGGGCUCUUCGGACAACGAUGGAACUCAUUCACUACAACGAUGAAGCCAGCCGGUAUAUUACAGGCGGAUGCGUGGAGAAGCCGUUCUGUAUGCUCGCUUGUUGGGUAGAAGACAAUGACAGUGAUUGUUUCAAGAAGCAUCUCGCUAGGGUUCCUGAUUACGUAUGGGUGGCCGAAGAUGGUAUGAAAAUCCAGUCUUUUGGAAGUCAAUUAUGGGACACGAGCUUUUCACUUCAAGCCUUGUUAGCUACGGAUCUUGCAGAUGAAAUCAGACCAACACUUGUCAAGGGAUACAACUACUUGAAGAAAUCUCAGGUCGCAGAGAAUCCUCCCGGUAACUAUAGGAAAAUGUAUAGAUACAGCACAAAAGGAGCGUGGACAUUUACAGACCAAGAUCAAGGAUGGGGGGUUUCCGACUGUACUGCAGAAAGUUUAGAGUGUUGCCUUGUCUUCUCGACCAUGCCAGCCGAAUUCAUUGGCGAGAAAAUGAAACCGGAGAGGCUAUAUGACGCCGUUAAUUUCCUUCUCUCCCUGCAGAGCACGAAUGGAGGUGUGACGGCGUGGGAGCCAGCCCCCGGGAAGAAAUGGUUGGAGUUGCUUGGACCGGUGGAGUUUUUAGGAUACGGGGUCGUGGAACACGAAUAUGUGGAAUGCACCGCCUCAGUGAUAGUGGCACUCGUCUCAUUCAAGAAGCUGUAUCCAUGGCACCGGAAGAAAGAGAUCGAAAGUUGCAUCACGAACGCCGUCGAUUAUACCGAGAAACAGCAGCUGCCGGACGGUUCAUGGUAUGGCAGCUGGGGCGUAUGCUUCUUCUAUGCUACAUGGUUUGCAUUGAGAGGUCUAGCCGCCGCCGGAAAGACUUACAAAGACUCUCCGACUAUCCGUAAAGCGGUUCGGUUCAUAAUCGGGACCCAAAACGUCGACGGUGGCUGGGGCGAAAGCUAUCUAUCUUGCCCUAACAAGAAGUACACUCCUUUGGAAGGAAACAGAUCCACAGUUGUCCAUACGGCCGAAGCAAUGAUGGGUUUAAUCUUGGCUGGUCAGAUGGAGAGAGAGCCUAACUCGGUUCAUCGAUCUGCGAAAAUGCUGAUCAAUUCCCAGUUGGAGAAUGGCGAUUUCCCGCAAGAGGGAAUAGUGGGAGUUUUCAACACGACGGCGAUGUUGCAUUAUCCCAACUUUAGGAACUCUUUUGCGUUAUGGGCACUCGCUGAAUACGCAAAGCGUCUUUAAUUAAUGUAAUAUAAAAGAGUUUGGAUAAUCUGUUCAUCUUAUUAGUAUUAGAAUCGAAAUUUAAAAUGAUCA